CUCCAUAAAGCAAGAUGGCCGCAUUUGAUAGAAAUUCUCGGAUUCAUGUGGCGACAUGGAAUGUCGCGGAACAGGGACCACCGAUUAACUUCGACUCAUGGCUGGGAUUAACCGGGGAGACCGCACCGGAGCUUAUGGCUGUCGGAUUACAGGAAAUGGCAGAUGAAACCCAGUGGUCAAAUAGGAUAUUAUCUUUUCUGACUAGCAAAGGAUAUGUACGAAUUAAAACAAGAACUCUAGGAUGGCUGCUGACACAAGUUUUUGUCAAGAGGACAAAACUGCUCGAUGUUUCAAAUGUAGAAUCAGAAAGUACCAAGACAGGAUUUGGUGGUUUAAUUGCUAAUAAAGGAGGUGUCAGUAUCAGACUUGACUACUGUGGUGUCAACUUGAUCUUUGUCAACUGCCAUCUCACUGCCCAUGACCCCAAGGUUAAAGAGAGAAUUGAGGACUACAUGGAUAUACUUGAUGCUCAGAAAUUUCGGGACUCUGAUGUGGACUUCAUUCUUGAUCAUGAUUAUGUUUUCUGGAUGGGAGAUUUAAAUUUCCGUAUCGAUGACUUGGACAAGACUGAGAUUGAACAUAGAGUAAAGAAAGGAGAGCUUCAAACUAUGUGGCCUCAUGACCAGCUCAACAAAAGUAGAAAAGAAGAAAUCAUCUUUGUUGACUUUGAGGAAGGCCCACUAAAUUUUGAUCCAACAUAUAAAUACGAUAUAGGAACAGAUGACUAUGACUCAAGUGAAAAACAACGAAAACCUGCCUGGACUGACCGAAUCUUGUGGAUGACACAUGAAGAUUCCUUUAAAGAUGUUACUCUCUCUGCCCAACAACUUUAUUAUAGAAAUUAUCAAGAAUACAAAAACAGCGAUCAUAAGCCUGUCAGUGCUGGCUUUGAAAUUAAGGUAUUGAAUGAGAGUCCCUCAAUGCCAGUCCAGUUCACCACUGUGUGUGAUUGGAAGCCUGGCCAGGAUAACGAAGCAAACUAUUCUGUUAGUGGUGACUUGGAGGUUUCAACAUGGGAUUGGAUAGGCUUAUAUCGAAGUGACUUCAAGCACCCAGAGGAUCACCUGACCUAUGAGUGGGCAAAACCACAGGAGAAAAAUGACGAGUCCGAGAUAAAGUUUGGUGGCAGCUACACAGCAAAGCUUACUGGGAGAUUUGUCUUGGCCUAUUUCAAUCGGAAGAAGAACUAUUUGGUCGGUUAUAGCAAUGAAUUUGAUAUCUGAGAGUGAGGUGGCGGCUCUGUGAUGUGGAGAUAAGAGGGACCAAUGUGCUGCUGAAUUGUCAAGAAACCGUUUACCUCAGGACAUAAUACCUGCUGAAGUAGUAUAAUAUUUGAGAGGGGUGAUAGAGGGUUAUGCCCUAAGCCCAUUAUGUUCCUAACUCUGGUGCUGGUUUUCUUAUAAAGCAGUCAACUGUUGGGAUGAACAUGCUCAUUCAUCUCCGAUCCCUGUACAAUAAUAGUUCUUACCAAGAAGAUCCUUGAAUGACUUUUUUACCAAAACACCAAUUACUCUAAGAGAACUUGUUUGUAUAUCAUCUUUUGAUUUAGUAUUGUCUUGGUAACAAUGAUAAUGCUAAAGUCAUGCUUUUAGUGAAAACUCUAGUGUAAAUAGUAGCCGGUUAAAUGGAGUGAAAUACAUGUAUAUGAGCAAUUAAAUCUAAAAUUAUAUCGGACAUUUUAUGACCUGCUGUCUGUGAACAUAACCUCAUGUUAUCUCUUAAUGAUGUACUUUGCUAUGAAACUUUGAUUUCCGGUUCAACUCAAGAGGAUGGGGGGGGGGGAGGGGCUCAAACUUUGUAUUGGGAAAUUGAAAGAAACGAGUUUGAAGGUGUCCCAAGAAACUUCUACAUGUAUUCGGAUAUAACCGAAGCUGUGAGGCGAAAGUUCUUAGAGGACUGAGCGGUGUUGGCUUGAAAAUUGUUAUCUGUUUCAAAUAAUCUGAGUCUGUAUUUUGUGAGUAUCGUUGGCUCCCAAUCACAAUCGCGAUGAAGGGAAUUGUUGGGGUUUAGUCUGAAAAUCCAGUAGGAUCAGGACUGAUGUUGGUUGUAAGAAGUCAUAUCAUGCAUUUGUAUUCGGGUAAAUGUAGAAUACAAUAGGCUAGUGUAUCUUUACAGUUAUUCCACCUAUGCACUCCAUGUCUGUGUGAUCAUAGUUCUUUCUGACAUAUCAAAUCUGACAGAAAACUCUUGAUUUUACUGAAAUUAUAUAUAUUAUGAUCAUGAGAGAGAUUAUUUUGCAAAGUCUACAACAUGUAGAUGGUAUAUACACGUAGUAUGAAUAAUUCCAGAUUGAUGGUUUUUCUCACCUUGCUUCAAGGAUUGUUUUAUCAUGAUCAUGGAUCGAACUUGAUUUGUUAAAUUCUAGCUUCAAAAUUUCAAAUUGAUUUAUGCUAUGGGGGGUAUUAUAUCAGCCUUUCUAUUUCAGAUGUGUGAGAGGUGGAAUUAGAAUAUGAGCCUAGCUUAGGGAAACAAAUACAUUACAUGUAUUUGGUGUCCUCGGUUUUCUGGUCUUUUGUUCUCUUAUCAAAAAUGUGCUAAUAUUGUAGAUAUUCUCCCUUUAAAAGUACAUGGUCACAUGCAGUAUUUAUGUAUUGAUAUUCAAUGUUAUAGGUGAUAUGUUCUUUAUUAUGACAUGACACAGUAUAUGUAAUGAUUAUUACAGAGUAUUUUUGCACAUGAGAUUUUGUUCACUUUUAUUUAGGGAUUUGUAUAGAGCUAUUUUGUAAUUAUUGGAGAAGGCAUUAAAACUUUACAACUUUUGAAAAA